AUGCCGUACUACGACGUGGAUGCUAUCCUCACAGACGCAGAGGUACCCCGCGAUCCUCGACGACGAUUCAUCAACGCCCAACACGUCCAGCUAACGCCUCCACAGAAGGUCCCUUGCCAGUUCGAGCUCGAUGUCCCCUACCUAGGCCACCUCGACAACUCGUCGGGCCUCAAACCCGGCACGCCGCUCGCCCUGCCCCUCUGGCUCGCGGAAAUGCUCGCGCUCGCCUCCGCCGGCGAAGACUCAAAGGCCCCUGUGACGCUGAACCUGCCGCCCUGCCUAUCCGACCAGGUCAUCAACGCAUUGAAGGCCGACCCGCGGGCCGUGCCGCUUCGCGACCAGAGCCCGCAUUUUUACGGAAUCGGCGUCAGGAUGUUGGACCUGUUCGACGAGCGGGAGCUGGGGGCCGUGCUGAGGCGGACGUUUGUCGUGAGGGCCAACGACGUGGGACUGCACGCGAGGAAGGCAGACGACGGCGUGGGCGGCCAAGGGGAGGACUUCCUGAGGGGCCUGGAGGAGUGGGAGAGGAGUCUGUUCAGGAGGGGACACGAGGGUGUAAAGGGGGCCAAGGAGUGGACUGAAAAGCUGCGUGUUGCGAGGGUCGAGCGAAGCGCCGGUUGGGCGACAAUACCCAGUGGCGUCUGA